GACGAGUGAUUUUUGGGGAUUAUUGCUGAGGUACGAGGGGAAGAAGAGUUUUGGGGGUGGAUAUGGGGCGGUGGGAUCCACCGGGUCGGCUCCUUGUGGCCCUGACAGCGGUUCUACUCACGUUUUGUACGAUUGGAACCUGGGGAGAGGAGCAACUGUCCACUGAAGUGGAAAAAGCAUGUUCCCUGAAGCAAUUCCAGUGUGACAAUGGAAAAUGCUUGCCGAUGCCGUGGGUAUGCGACGGGCACGCCGACUGCACCGACAAUUCUGACGAGAGUCCCGCAAAAUGUAAACCUGAAGCCUGCAAGGAGACGGAAUUCAAGUGCAAAAAUGGAAAGUGUAUACCCGGAUUAUGGCACUGCGACACUGAGCCCGACUGCUUCGAUCGCUCCGACGAGGAUCCCGCUGUUUGCCGUGCCAAGAAUUGCUCAAGUGAACAGUUCACCUGUCGUUCAGGAAAUGGUGAAUGCGUUGCAUUAUCUUGGAUGUGCGACGAUAAUCCAGAUUGCACUGAUGGCUCUGAUGAGGCUGACUGCAAUGACACCUGCCGAACUGAUCAGUUCACUUGUGCCAAUAAAAAGUGCAUACAGAGUAGUUGGGUAUGCGAUCAGGAGGAGGAUUGCGAUGAUGGAAGUGAUGAGAAGAACUGCGAACCAGUUACUUGUCUCCCUGAUCGGGACUUCAGUUGUUCAGCAUUUUCCUGUAUAACAUCGAAAUGGCGAUGUGAUGGAGAUAAGGAUUGUCUCAAUGAUGCUGAUGAAAUUGGAUGCCCUAAUCCAACGCGUGGUCACUAUCCCAGCCAUUGCGCUGAACAAGAAUUUGACUGUGGUGAUAGCCGGACUUGUAUUCCACAGAGUUGGAUCUGUGAUAAUGAGGCGGACUGCGUGAAUGGAGCUGAUGAGGCACCGGAGAUAUGUAAAAAUAUUACUUGCAGAGCUGAUCAAUUCCAGUGUGGAGAUCAUCAGUGCAUUUCAGGUCACUCCUACUGCGAUGGUAAGCCGGACUGUAGAGACUCCAGUGAUGAAAAGAAUUGCACAUCAAAGCCCUCCCCCUGCGAUCUGGAAACCCAGUUUGAAUGCAGCGAAGGUUCUUGCAUACCAUUGGAUCACGUAUGCAAUAAGAAGCCCGACUGUCUCGGUUGGGAGGACGAGAGUGAGAAGAGAUGUGGUGUCAAUGAAUGUGAAAAUGACAACGGUGGCUGUACUGACAUAUGUAUAGACAUGCCAAUUGGUUAUCGAUGCGCUUGUCGUCCUGGUUAUCGACUCAUCAACAAUAGAACGUGUGAGGACAUAGACGAAUGCCUAGAGCCCGGCAGUUGUUCACAAUUUUGUCUUAAUGAAAAAGGUACAUUCAAGUGUAGCUGUGCACCAGGAUAUCUCAGGGAUCCAAAGAAUUUAACACGUUGCAAAGCUGCCGAGGGUCAUGCCAGUUUAUUAUUUGCAAGACGUCAUGAUAUACGUAAAGUUGCUCUCGAUCGUCAAGAGAUGACAGCUAUUGUUAACAAUACAAAAAUGGCAACAGCCCUUGAUUUUGUAUUUCGCACCGGUAUGAUAUUCUGGAGUGAUGUGUCUGAUAAAAAAAUUUAUAAAGCACCAAUUGACGAGGGAAAUCAGAGGACAGUGGUGAUUGAUCAGGAUUACACGACUGCUGAUGGGUUGGCCGUUGAUUGGAUAUAUAAUCACAUUUACUGGACUGAUUCUGAGAAAAAUACUAUCGAACUUUCUAAUUUCGAUGGCAAUAUGAGGAAAACUCUCAUUAAAGAUAUGGUACAGGAGCCCAGGGCCAUUGCACUUAAUCCACUUGAGGGCUGGAUGUUCUGGACGGAUUGGGGUGAGGAGGCCAGGAUCGAGAGGGCUGGCAUGGAUGGAUCUCAUCGAUCGAUAAUUGUGGGCACCGAGGUAUCCUGGCCAAAUGGCCUGACCCUGGAUUUAGUAGGGAAACGAGUGUACUGGGUUGAUGCAAAACUCCAUAUUAUAGCAUCAUGCAAUUACGAUGGAACUGGCAGACGUACAAUUCAUUAUUCCUUGGAAACACUGAGACAUCCAUUCAGUAUAACAACAUUCGAGGAUUACGUUUACUGGUCAGACUGGGACAAACAGACAAUAUUCAAAGCCAACAAAUUUACGGGACUGGAAUUAAAAGCCGUUACACCACUGACAUCCCUCCAGCAUCCAAUGGUUGUCCACGUUUAUCAUCCCUACAGACAGCCUGAUGGUACUAAUCAGUGUCAGGCGGUUAAUGGUCACUGCAGUCACUUCUGUCUACCCGCACCUAGGAUAAAUAUACGAUCACCAUUGCUCAGUUGCGCAUGUCCUGAUGGCCUUGUACUCUCCGAGGGACUCACGUGCGUUGAAAACGUAACAACGACAGCGGCACCGACAACUCAAACAUCUGCGAGGCCAUUUAGAAGAAUUGAAAUUGAUAUAUCGACGACGAGUGGGCCGACGACUAUUUUCCAUAUGAGUGGAGAAAAGAAUCUGAAAAAAGAACCAACUGAUCCUGGACUUGUAGCUGGUAUCGUCAUUGGUGUUGUCACACUGGGUCUCUUGCUACUUGCACUUGUAGCAGUAUUAUUAUACAGGCAUUACCUACAUCGUAAUGUUACCAGCAUGAACUUUGAUAAUCCAGUCUAUAGAAAAACAACUGAGGAUCAGUUCAGUCUUGAGAAGAAUAGAUUUCCCCUUCCAGCAGCGACAGUAGGAGAAGAGGCACAAGAACCACUCACAAGCCCUGGCACCAAUGACUACGUUUAAGUGUGUAAAACACUUGCAAAGUUGGGCUUUUAGCGGGCUAAUGAGCAUCAAAGGAUUGGUAACAUUUUCAAACCCAUGAAAUAUGUCAACGUACCAAGUUAUAGCAGUGUGUGCCAGGCCGCAAAAAGUGCCCGCCUAUUGCCUGCCAAUUAAGCUGUGAUUAUGUUUAAGUUUCUUCUCAUAAUUUUUCUCGAAUCUUACUAUAUAUCAAUAGUAUGUUUUUUAAAUUGUCGUUUAAAAUGAAAAUUAAUGCAACUCGCCGUAGAAAAACAAAAACUGUAAGAGCACAAAAUCACGUACCACUCAUUAAAAUUUAUAUCGUUUUUUUUUUCUCACGUUAUCCGUAAAGUGGCAUAAAAAAUUUUUUCAAUAAGUAUCGGUGGAACGUAGUUCUCAGAUGAAAGCGCCAAAAUAAUUUUACGAGAUAAAAGUAUUUAUCCAAUUAAUUAAAAAUAACAGAAGUACUUUAGUGUCGUACUAUCCUACGUCAGUAAUAGUGUCCCUUCAAUGCAACUAAUUGGUGGGGUUUGGAUAAUUAUCGAGUCGAGCAUUGAUGUUGUAUUAUUUUCAAAAAUUCCCUAGUCGAAGUAUUUAUGGUAUGCCAGGGAGAAUUGAAAAAAUUCAAAGAAUGGAUGAGUCUGUACAACUACAUUCUUUGAAGUUUUUUUUAAUGAAGUACGAAAUACCUAAAGCCGAUUAGCGAUAAUUUUAGGAUUUUUCUACGUCACUGAAACCGGUGGCAAUGCAAACAAACCCGGCAAAAUGAUAAAUAUUUUGUUCAACCUCCUACACUUCUCUUGUUUGUGAGAAAUAAAUUAGACAGAUAAAUUUUUCUAUUCAAAAUUGAUCGGUAAAUAAAAAAAUUAUUUUUAUUUCGAUAAAACAUCUAAUUAAUUCGUAACAUGCCCCGAUAAUGAAAUGUUCGCCAUCAAAAAGAAUUCGCAAAACCCAAUCGGAGGAUCAAAGGAAAAUUUCAUCGCCCGAGGUAUUCAAUUUUUCUAAAUAUAAAAUUCCAAAUAAUUUAUUGAAUGAAUAAAAAAAAAACGAUUUCUGCUCGACUCGAUGGCUUCACGUUCCUAGACAACGCUGCCCUGUUUUUUAGGCUAAUGAAUGCGUGUGACGACAGACUAAAAAAAUGUACAUACAUCUAUCAGUAAAGAGGAAUAUAAUUUUCAUCGAAUCAUAUUUAUGUUCACGAUCAGUGUAUAUAUGAAUUACCGAUACCAGUGAAUUAGUGCCUCGAUUUUAUAAUAAUCGAGAGAAUAAUUUGUAGAAUUACUGGCUCCAAACUACGAGAAUGAUUAGAAUUGCAAAGACAAUUGCUAAUAAUACUCGAGGGAGUUUGUUUCUAUGUUGACCAUAAAAACAAUUGUUUGGAAUAAUUACUGGAAGACUAAAUUAUUUACUUAUUUGUGCUCAUUGUUGUUGAUGUGAAAGUUCAAGGCCAUAGAGAAAUGGCCCAUCUUGAAAAGUACAUGUUUUCCCUUUAAAAUCGAUAAUUUACAAAUUUGUCAAAAAUACAGAAUUAAAUCGAUUUGCCCCGAAAAUUAUUUAAAUUUCCUGCCCAAAAUCUCGGAAAAUAUCACAAGUUGAAAAAAAAAAAAACCUUAAUUCUGUGCAAUAGUUUGUUUAAUUUUAUUUUAAACUGCCGCUACGGUCUUAAAGUAUUUCUUCUAAAACGAUCGAUUCCUCAAUGAUGUUCAGUUAUUACCAUAGGAUUUAUAGCAUAAAUUAACAACUAAAAAACAAUUAGACGUAAUUAAGAGCAGCUCAAUGACACUAACACUGAAAUGUAUAAUGUGACAAUGCGUCUGUUAAUGAAAAAAAAAAUGCGAUUAAGCGGAGAGCAAUUAUUUAGGUAAACCUGUGUUAACUAUACUGAUAAAUCAGUGUACAAGAGAUAUGUAUAGAAAAUAUUGUAUCAGAUCUAAGUAUAUUCGCUUAUAUAUUAUAAUUAUUGUAUUAAAAUCAUGAAAAUCCA